CGCGGAGGAGCGCUCGGUGCCGCGAGGGCAGCGGGUCGAGCCUGGCUGCCCGGAGCGCUGGGGAGAAGACCUCGAGCAGCCCCUGCGCCCGGCUCCGGCCGCUCUGCGAGUCGCCGCGCUCCGGCCGCGCGCCCCGCGCUCGCCAUGCUGCUGCCCCGGCUCUGCUGGCUGCCGCUGCUCGCGGGGCUGCUCCCGCCGGCGCCCGCGCAGAAACUCUCCGCGCUCACGUUUCUGAGAGUUGAUCAAGACAAAGACAAAGACUGCAGCCUGGACUGCGGGAGCUCCCCGCAGAGACCCCUCUGCGCGUCCGACGGGAGGACCUUCCUGUCCCGCUGUGAGUUCCAGCGUGCCAAGUGCAAGGACCCCCAGCUAGAAAUCGCGUACCGAGGAAACUGCCGAGACGUGUCCCGGUGCGUGGCCGAGAGGAAGUACACGCUGGAGCAGGCGCGGAAGGAGCUCCAGCAGGUGUUCAUCCCGGAGUGCAACGACGACGGCACCUACAGUCAGGUCCAGUGUCACAGCUACACCGGAUACUGCUGGUGCGUCACGCCCAACGGGAGGCCCAUCAGCGGCACGGCCGUGGCCCACAAGACGCCCCGGUGCCCUGGUUCCGUCACUGAAAAGCUGCCCCCGCGGGAAGGCACAGGCAGAACAGAUGAUGCCUCGGCCCCUGCGCUGGACACUCAGCCCCAAGGAGAUGAGGAAGAUAUCGCCUCACGCUACCCCACGCUUUGGACCGAGCAAGUGAAAAGCCGGCAGAACAAAACCAACAAGAACGCAGCGUCCUCGUGCGACCAGGAGCAGCAGUCGGCCCUGGAGGAGGCCAGGCAGCCCAAGAACGACGACGUGGUGGUCCCCGAGUGCGCGCACGGCGGCCUCUACAAGCCGGUGCAGUGCCACCCGUCCACGGGCUACUGCUGGUGUGUGCUGGUGGACACCGGGCGCCCCAUCCCCGGCACCUCCACCAGGUACGAGCAGCCGAAAUGCAACCACACCGCCAGGGCGCACCCAGCCAAGGCGCGGGAUCUCUACAGGGGCCGCCAGCUGCAGGGAUGUCCUGGCGCCAAAAAGAAUGAGUUUCUCACGAGCGUCCUGGACGCGCUGUCCACCGACAUGGUCCACGCCGUCUCCGACCCCGCCUCCUCUGGCAGGCUCUCCGAGCCCGACCCCAGCCACACGCUGGAGGAGAGGGUGGUCCACUGGUAUUUUAAGCUCCUCGACAAAAAUUCCAGUGGGGACAUCGGCAAGAAGGAGAUCAAGCCCUUCAAGAGGUUCCUGCGGAAGAAAUCCAAACCCAAGAAGUGCGUGAAGAGGUUCGUGGAAUACUGCGACGCGGACGACAACAAGGCCCUCUCCCUGCGCGAGCUGAUGGGCUGCUUGGGGGUCACGCGCGAGGAGGCCAAGGCCGGCAGCGGGAAGCGGCACAGCACCACCGCUGAACCCUUGGUUCUGUCUCUGCCGUGGAACCCGGACUCAUCCCUGAUCUCCGAGGGGCUUUUAAUGAAGAGUGUGAACCGCUGUUGGCUCUACACAGACCCUUGUGAGGAGGAGGAGGUCUCGUGGCUGCCCUUGUAUCGAUCAAAGCAGGUCGGAAGCGCCCGGCCUGGCCCGUUCCGGUGCUGCGAGACAGCCUGGCACCUGCUGGCCAAGUGCGGGGGAGCCGAGAAGAGGAGGUGGCAGUGCACUUUGAAAACCGCUUUCCGCAGCCGCACUAAGUGGCUGGCCCUGACAGGCCUCCGAACGUGUCCCCACGUGCCCCCCGACCUGCUGCGCAGCCGGGGCGCCCGCCGCGCCUUCUCCGGGGCUGUAGCUGCACUGUCGCAGUGGAGCAGUGGCGAACCAGCGGAAGGCUUGCACGUGUAA